ACACACACACACACACGCACAGCUGCUCGGAACCAUGACAGAAGAUGACGGAUACAGUUGUCGCGGAGGGACAAGUCAAGUUUAGAGAUGGAAAAAAGUGGAAGACUCGGUGGGUCGUUCUUCGGAAGCCCUCUCCGGUCGCAGACUGCCUGUCUCUGCUGGUGUACAAGGGGAAGAAGAAAGGAAAGGAGAAGGACGGCGGUCACAAGGAGAGGCUCAAUGUGACACUGGAGGGGAUCUGUGGUGUGGAGCCAGGUCCCGGGUAUGAUGGCGUAUCCUACACCCUCUCCAUCCUCUGUCUGGCGCACACUCUGGUUCUGGGCUUCAACAACAAAGACGCCCUGCUGGCCUGGGAUGCCCGUGUCCGCUACAGCCUGGGAGAAGUCCACAGGUUCAGUGUCAAUGUGGAACCUGGUACCAAACUAGAAAGGGGCCCUGCCUCCCUCCACCUGUGCAACAACCUAUUGGUCCUAACCAGAGGCGUCCCUCCUGUCGUCAUUGGCCACUGGAAGUUGUCAGCAUUGCGUCGAUAUGGUGCGGUGCCAAAUGGCUUUGUGUUCGAGGGGGGGACUCGCUGUGGAUAUUGGGCUGGUGUUUUCUUCUUGUCCUGUUCAGAAGGAGAGCAGAUCAGUUUCCUGUUUGACUGCAUUGUCAGGGGCAUAACCCCCAGCAGGACCCCUCAUGGAUUGCGCCCUACCCUGCCAGAUCCCAAUGCUGACCCCGUGUCAGCAGAGGAACGGAUCAGCCAGGAGGCAUCAGAGCUGGAGAAAAGACUCAGCAUGUUGUCUCAGUGCAGCCUAGCAAGCAGCUCAGCUUCCACUUACAGCUGCAGCACAUCUGUUGCCGGAGACGACCAGAGAAGCAUCUCCAGCUCGUCCUCCAGCCAAUCAGACACGAGCUAUGGAAGCAGACUUCCAUUUUGGGUAGAGCCGUCAGGUAGGCCGCACCUCUCCAAUGAGACAGCGUCAAGCUCCUCCACGCUGAAAGCUUUGACCAGUUCAGAUGACCGACUUUAUGCUGGAGUGAUGGGAAGCUCCGGGACUCAUCCAUCCUCUGGCCAGCUCCAUCCUCGUGGUCUCCAUGACAGCGGGCGCCAGAGCUCAUUAGACAGUGGGAUUGGGAUAGCGACAGGCAGUCAGUCGUCGUAUUCAGGGAGCUGCUCCUCUUACACAGGGAGUCUGGACACUGCAAGCCAGGGAGGGGGAGAGGAGUUUGGCUCUGUGGCCAGCUUACCUGCUCCUCCAUCUUCACCUCCUUCUGUGCCUUCCCCCACUCCUCCUCCUCCCCCGACUUCUCCUCCUCCUCCUCCUCCGACUUCUCCUCCUCCCCCGACUUCUCCUCCUCCUCCUCCUCCGACUUCUCCUCCUCCUCCUUUUCAGUCAACACUUACCACAGAGCACAGUUCUGCUACCUCCUCCCCCUGCCCCUGUGCCUCCAGAUCUAGCUCCCGUACCUCCCGGAGGCACAGUGAUGAGUAUCGAAUCCCCAGCCUGCUCAGACUGUGGUAUGACACCCCCAGGAGUCUGCUCCAGACCCUGACCCUGAGAGAACCUUCUGCCCAAGAAGGCCCUCCUGUGCUGUGCAGGGACAGCAUGAGCAGUGUAGAUGGAGGGAGUAGUCAGGGCCAAACAUUGAGCAACAGGCCCACAGGACCCUGGGCUCAGCGCCAGGCUAUGAUGCAACGCUCGCACUCAUGGGGCAGUGAGAUGGCGCCAUCUGUGGACAGUGAGGGGAGGUCCACACCUAUAACCCCACUGGCACCUGGAGACUUGGUUUGUAAAGAAACACAGUGCGGUCAUGGUUUAGACAACUACAUUACACCAGAGCAGUGGAAGUCAGCGAAGAACAGAUGCUUAACUCAGGUUGCCAGCUCACCAUCAGGCGUGUCACCUUCUGCAGAUACACAAGAUCCUCCUCUCUGUGUGAGAGAGGAACAUGCUGACGUUGGAGAUGUUGGUGAUAAAUUUGCAGGUCUGAAGAGGUCAGUGCCCUCUCUGCCACCCUCUGCGCCUCCACCUCUGCCUAUCGCACUGAGCAUGUACAGGCCAACAUCAACCUGCGGUAUGUUCCAGUCUGCCCAUCCAUCUGUGUCACAGGACUUUGGGCUCCGUAGUGACAGCACUGUAAAUUAUGUUAACAUCCCCAUCAGCCCCCUGCCAGCCAAAUCUAACAGAGAGCUCCUCUACACAGAGCUGGACCUGCAGGAACCCGGCUUGGCUCCAGUCUCCAGUCUGUACAGUGCUCUCAGAGGUAACACUUUGCAGCUCUGCAGACCCAAAGAGGGCUCCAUCAGGUACGCCCACCUAGACAUCACUGCCAUGGAAACAGCUCAGAGAGUGGGGGCGGAGCAUGUUCAGGGCAGGGAGGACAGACUGACUCAGCUGGAGAGCAGGCGGCGAGGGCCACCAAACUGACUCUGCAACGCCCAACUCGAUGACACUUCAAAAUAGUUUUCAACGCUGACUCUCUCCAUCUCUCUGAAUAAGCUAAAGCACUCGAUAUGCAGCUGUUUGUCAUACCAGUCAUUGUUGUACUUAAAAACACACCCACAGUUGUGCCAGUGUACAGCAAUUUCCCACCAACAAUCCAUUCCACUAAAAAGAAAACAGGAAACAUCUGGGAAAUCUCUUAUGCAGCUGCCAUCUUGGAUGUGUUUUGUGAUCUGUUGUGUUGUAAUUUCUCAUAUACUUGUACUUAAAUUAGUAUUUUCCUGCAUUUCUCUUGAUCACUUUUAACCCAGAAAUGUUACUUUUUUGGCUGCAUGGCACUUACGUCUGCUGAGGUUGGAGGAAACCUGCCUCUUUUAAGAUACUCUCAGGAUGACUGUUAAGCUUUGGUAUAAGUGGCCUUAAUUAGGAGUUAGUGGCACCAAAGACUAAUGUUUACGACUGAUAUUAUAGAGACAAAGAUAGUUAGCAGCUUUGCUUGGCAUCAAGUUAUACUUUGUUAAGCUGGAGUUUAGAUUGAUCUCCUUCAGACUGUUUAGGCGUGGCUCUGCUUAUUGUUACUACUCUUACAUGAAUGCCACUGUUUCAAUUCAAAUGGUUUAAUCACAGGGAUGAAGCA